AAUCACAAAGACCAACACCAGAAGCCGAGGAAAACCAAAAGUGAUUCCAUGGCGGGGAUUCAGAGCUCCAUGGUGGCGAUAAUGGCGGUCUUCGUCCUCUCUAUGCUCGCGCCGGCGGUGUUCGCUCAGUCUGACUGCGUCGCUAAUCUGAUACCUUGCGAGAACUACUUGAACAACAGCCACCCUCCGGACAAGUGCUGCUCCCCUCUCAAGGAUGCUGUGCAGAACCAGCUCGCUUGCCUUUGCGGUAUCUUCGAGAGCCCUAAUAUCCUCAAGGCCUUUAACAUCAACAUCACUCAAGCUCUCCAGCUCUCCGUGAACUGCGGCAUCACCUCCGACACCUCCCUCUGCUCCAAAACCGGAGCUCCUAGCAAUUCUCCUCCAGGAAAUCCUGCAAACAAUGGAGUUAGAAUGCUUGGAAUGUCAGGGUUGCUUGGCUUGUGCCUGUUCUGGUGGUCCCUUGUGGCAUAAGGAUUAGAACUUCCUUUGAUUUGGGGAAGUAGGACUGAUACUCAGUUUGAUAACCCUGUUACUAGAUCACGUUGCGGUUCUUGUUUUUCUGAUUCUUUAUUUAAACUUGUUUGAGAACUUCAUAUGAGGCUGUUUACUCGUUGCAUGAGUAUUGUAGCAUAGCCUUGGUGUUCAUAUAUAAAUCUGCAUGUCAAACAGUGUUAUUAGUUGUAUAAUCAACAAUGUAUCAUUGGAAUAAAUCUCCUUUGUAUUGGAUGACAUUGAAAGUAAUUCGUUUCUUC